CGGGCAAAACUUCACUGCGGCCGCCGCAGAUGGUCCUCACCGAGCUGCUUUAUUCACUUCUUAUGCCUUAAUAACACCCGCUGCAGUAUGGGGGACGUUUUCUCCCGCGCGUCGAGGAAGUGGUUCGUGUACGUGUUUAAACUCGGUGGCUAGUUUGGAAGUUAGCUCAGUUUGUGUCAGCUGACUGCGGGAGCUCGGCUUGACAGCCUCGGCCGGCUAGCAGCGCUCUAACAUGCCCACAGACCCCCGUGCGCUCCGUCUGAACAAGGUUGUGGCCGAAGCCUGCUGUUGACGCGGCGUCCCGGUGCUUUAUCUGUGGUCCGGCUCUGCAAUGCUGCUGCAGCUGCUGCCACCUGUCAACUAGCCGCCUCCUCUCCUCCGUCUGCUCAAUGGCUCACUGCGGCUCCUCGGAGUCCGGCGCGAAGGUUCCGGCACCGCGGCCCGACAGCAUCCUGCAGCCGCCGCCGCCGCAGCAGCCGCCGCAGCCUCCGGGCAGCGUGGACCAGAGCAUGAAGCCGGUGCUGUUUGAGAUCUUCGGCGAGAUUUGGACCGUCCAGUCGCGGCUCGGACAGGGAGUCUCGGCCUCGGUGUACCGGGUCAGCUCCGGCAGGGCCACCACCGCCGCCGUCAAGGAGUUCCAGGCCGACACUCAGGGAGGAGACUACGGGUUCCACAAGGAGAGGUCCGUGCUGGAGGACAUCCAGGGACACAAAAACAUCGUGACCCUGUACGGCGUGUUCACCAACCACAGCUGCAUGGGUGUCGCCACCCGCUGCCUGCUGCUGGAGCUCCUGGAUGUCAGCGUGUCCGAGCUGUUGGUGAGAGGCAGCAGUGGAACUCAGGGUGGAAGACCCCAGCAGGGCCACUCCAUGUGGCUCGUCCAGCACUGUGCCAGAGACAUCCUGGAGGCUCUCGCCUUCCUUCACAGGGAGGGCUACGUCCAUGCUGACCUCAAACCACGCAACAUCCUCUGGAGCGCCGACGACGAGUGCUUCAAGCUCAUCGACUUCGGCCUCAGCUUCAAACAGGGAAACCAGGAUGUCAAGUACAUCCAGACAGACGGGUAUCGCGCUCCGGAGGCUGAGAUUCAGAACAGCCUGGCUCAGGCCGGGGUGGAGGUGGAGGGAGACUCGGGCUGCACGGCCGCCGUGGACCUGUGGAGCCUGGGCAUCAUCCUGUUGGAGAUGUUCUCAGGAAUCAAACUCAAAGACACCAUUCGCUCACAGGAGUGGAAGGAUAACAGCGCUGCCAUUGUAGACCACAUCUUUGCCAGCAACAGCCUGGUGUGCCCUGCCAUCCCUGUCUAUCACCUCAGAGACCUUAUCAAAAGCAUGCUGCUCAAUGACCCAAAACAAAGAUGCACAGCUGAAACUGCCCUGCUGAGCCCAUUCUUCAGUAUUCCCUUUGCGCCUCACAUUGAAGACCUGGUUCUGCUGCCCUCUCCUGUUCUGCGUCUACUCAACCUGAUCGACGACAGCCACCUGCACAAUGAAGAAGAGUACGAAGAUAUAUUGGAGGACAUGAAAGAGGAGUGCCAGAAGUACGGCUCAGUGGUUUCUCUGCUCAUCCCCAAGGAGAACCCGGGGAAAGGACAGGUGUUCGUGGAGUAUGCCAACUCCAGCGACUCCAAAGAAGCCCAGAGGCUGCUGACGGGCCGCACCUUUGACGGGAAGUUCGUGGUGGCCACCUUCUACCCUCUGAGCGCUUACAAAAGAGGCUACCUGUACCAGACCGUACAGUAAAGUCCUACAGCUCAAUUUACACCUCUGCAUUGUUUGCAUGAUUAAAAACACAACUGCGACGGGUGCCGAAACGGGGAGGAGUCAUCUCCCCGUGAAAAUACAGUCAUGAGCGGCUACCCUGCAGUUUCAGUUAUCAGUGAGUGUAGUUCAAAGUUCUGCAUGUGUUUCAUGUGGUUUUCUACAGUACAUCUGUGUUUUCAUGCAGAGUGUAAAUUGAACUGGGCCGUGAGGAGCUUCCACCUCCGGCCCGUGCGCUGCUCUUAUCAGUGCACAUCCAUCCAGUGCUUCAAGGUCUCUUUCGCUGACUGGACCCGGCCGUCUGGGGACAGCGGCUCCCGUUCGAGCUUCCAUUCGCUCUCACGCUGUCGUGGAGUCUCUCGCAAGGGUCGAAAACCUUUAUCGGGCGACGGCGAACAGUUUGAGAGCUUUUCGUUGCAUUUAGCGGCCUCUCCGUCGGUGAUUAUUAGUCAAACACUUUAUCUCAUCAGUUGUGUCAGGGAUGUGAUUACAAACAUGUAGCAGGCUGAUGUGAACACAGAAUCCUAACGACUAAAAUGUAGUGACGGUCACAUCCCUGUGAACUGAAGGUUUCCUGUGGUGAAAACUAGUGUCUUAUGAUAUUGUUGAACUAAUAAUACUUAUCAGUUUAUUAUUGUUGCCUAUUUAUAUUGAUUUAGCAUUUAGAGGAAGUGGCAUGGUACCAGGGGAUCCCACGUGUCCUCUGCUGGCUCCUCUGGCUCCUCGUUUUCAGGGAGAAAGGGUUUGGCAGGUAGUCUUCACUCAUAUCUGAGCAAGCCGAGGGCUCCCAGCGCCCUGUCCUGUAGCCUUAUGCUUUGUAGCCUUUUUUCUUUUACCAGUCCGAGUGCUCAGAGAGUAAUUUUGACUAUGCUUUGAUUCACAAAGACGUGCAGCAAGCUUUAUGUUUUCACUACAAUGGCACAUGAACAAGUACAAACUUAUGAGUGUACGCUGAAAGUGAUCAGAGAUUCAUUAAAGAACAAGCAAAUUAACAAGAUUUAGAUCAUCAAGAACUUUUCUCCAGUCGGAAAAUGACUCUACGAACAAAAAUAGCUCCAGCAGAGGUAGGAAACGUCCAACUGAAGCCAAGUGUGUGUUCAGUUUACGUAGAACUAAAGCAGCGUGUAAAGCCGUUAGGUGCAUGACAUGUGUAGCAUCUUCCACAUUUUCUGAAGAAAUCCACUUUUGGUUGUUGAAAAAAUGUGCUUGCUUUAAACUGGUGACGUCUACGUGCUUUCAAACAUGUGGUGGCUUUAAGGGCUGCGGAUGAAAGGUGACGUGAGAUUCUUUAUUGCACGAUCUUCUGUUGGGCGAUCUUCAAGUGCUUGUGGCUAGUUUGUGCGUGAACCAGUGGACUGAUGGGUAGACUGUCAGCCCGGCAGUGCAGCACUACUGUCCUGUGGUUCAUACCUCCACCGAGGCGCCUGUGAUUGGAAGUGUUUCAGCCUCCUCCCAGUUUUAAGAAACGCUGCUGGUCGCACGACGAGAUCAGAAAUGUCAUAAAAGGUGUGACAUGAAUAUAUCUUGACGCCAGCAAACUGUCAUUUCAUCCCUUUUACUACGUUGGUUCCAUCAGGGCAGAUUGUUUUGCAACAAACGUGCUGUUUUUGUGGUGGAAUGUACUUUAUGUUGUCGAACCAGCAAUUACUUUAUUCUCUUGUUUUUUUUUUUUUAAUUCUCUCAGUUACACUCUAUGACAACAGUGGAAAGCCUGCUCUGAAGCUUCAGAUAAGUUCUACACAAGUGCCCUACGAUGCUCACAAGCUAGCUAACUAACCAAAAUGCUGCUAUAACAACAGGAUGCGCUGUUGUUUCCUUACGUAGCCGAAGCCGUUGCAGAUGCCUUAGAAAACGCCUCCCUUCCAGCAGAUUUAGCAAAACCGGACAGACAUUGCAGUCUAUCUCAGUUUCCCUUCAUAAACCUGCUCAUUUUUCAGUAUAAUCUUGUUAAAGAGUCCAUAUUCUGCACAUCCGCAACUUAAAAUGUAAUUUUGGCAUCUUCUAAAAUAUGUUUACAUGCUUACAUGUUUUAAAACGCAUUAUUUUCUCUGUACAUUGCUGAAGCACAUCCUCUCGUCUUCCGUCUAAAACGCUCCAUUUUAGCUUCUGUCUCUUUAAGGUGCCUCUCCUGAAAAGCCCAGUCUGCUCCCGUUGGUCAACUGGCACGACAAACACAAGAUAACGUUCAAGUUUUGCAUUUGAAAAAUUUAAUGGAAAUUGGAAAAAGCUUCCCCAAUUUUUCCAGAAAAAUUUUUACACUUGCUUGAGGAUUGAGAUUUUUGACAUUUUUUAAACAAUUUGUUUUGUUUGUUUCUAGUUCUUUAAGGGUUUUUUUUUAGCAGGUGGCAAACAACUUGUUUGUUUCCUUCCUCCACUCUAUUUAUAUUUAUUACAGUCAUGUAGGAUAUUGUGCCAACUUCUGACGACACGACACAGUUUAUUCACUCCAAAGUGGCUGAUGGAAAGAAGCCCAAUUAACAUCUUCCAUAUUUGUUCGCAGUAAAGUUGCUGGACAGUUUCACGGAAACAUGUCUGAUGAGUGUAAAAGAAGUCUAGCAGAGGUGGUCUCCAGUAAGGAAAUGAUGGCGGACUGUGAAUCGGCUGCUCGCAGACCAGCAGCCAGGCGGGCGUUAUGCUAAUGCGUUACACGGUGACAUAGAUAGGUAGCAGAAAUAAAGCCUGGACUUCAAACGAGGCAUUCCAGGCAGGUAAGGAGCUGUUUUCUGUGGAAGAGAAUCACUCACUUUGGCGUGGACUUUGCAGACGUUUUGCAUGCACAAGAAAGAAGAACUGACGAGAGAAACCAAAAACAGCACAAUAUGGGCUCUUUAAAGGCUAAAUAGCUUCUACUGAGUGUUGAGUAGUCCUGAGGUAAAGGUAGCUAACAGUCAGUAAUCAUCAUAGAGCCAUAGGCGACACACUGCUGGCAAAAAAGCAGCCCGGUUCUGAUUAUUUGGAGCAUUUUUUUUAGUAAUUUGCUUCCGUAACAUUUAGCGUUUCAGACUCGUGGAAAGAAAACAUCAACACACACAUUUAGGUGUUUGUUAUCGUGCAUAACUUUAAAGGCAGAUUCCUCUAAAGAGUGUUUUUCUGCUGCUCUGAGCCAGAACCCUCCACUUCAUACACCAAGCUUUGUUUUAUAUUCUGAAGGUUGUUACAGAGGGGUGACAGAAUACCAUUCACAGUCUCAUUUAUAGAAGAUGUAAUUGACAAACACGUGCCGAAAAUAGAUGAUAAAAAGAAGAUUCCCUCCAGUAGAAGCCUUUUGUACGUCAGCAGAGUGAAGCAGAUGUUUUGCAGCGUCUCAUUUGUAAACAGAAGAAUAUUUCUUCUGUAAAAGUUGCUGCUUUAUGGUUCAGACGUGUGUGAGGAGUUGUAGCUGCAAAGCACCAACACGGAGCGCUGCUCGGCUUCAAUGGGAUUCAAGUGUGUGAGAAUAAUCGCACAUUGAUAUAAAUAGAUAUAAAUCAGCCCUUAAUUAAAUGAUGCACUGCUUCCUCCUGUGCUAAAAAAGAAAUCACUUGAAUUAUACUAAAAUUAUGAAAACCUAGAGUCAGAGGAAAAACGUGCAAGACUCUACAAAAGAAUAUUUAUUUUUCUACGAGCUCUAUUUCUAUGUGCCUGAAAUGUGAAUUCCAAAGCAUCCACUCGAGUGCGUCACUGGCCUAAAAAAAUCUAGAUUUAAAACUUGACUUGGACUCCGACCACUAAACCGUAGAGCGGUUUGGACUUCUGUGGGAUGUUGAGCAGGUUCCUCAGAUAGUAACACGAGCCUCAGAUCUAAAGUUUGUCCAGUAGUUUGACGUUUGUCUUCUAUUCUCAUGUAUGACCUUUGUAGCUCCCAUCUGCAGAUGUUUCAUGUCAUUUCUGUAGUUUUCUGUAUCACUGCUGCCCAGCACAAAAUAUAUUAAUGGAGCUUAAAUUGUGUGGCCUACAAAGCACUCUAAGGAGAGUUUGAGCAAAGCUGCUGUGUUCAGUGAUGCAGGACAAAAUGUCUGUGUGCAAAUUGUGCUUUUUCCAUUGUGUGGACGUGAAUCAUUAGGAGGGCUGUGUUAGAGUCUGAGCAUUAAUAUGUCUGAAAAUGACUUGUUGUGAGGCUGAGGAAGCCUGCAGGUGUCACUGACACCUCAGUGGUUGUGAUCCAGUUAUUGGACUUUAUCAUUCUGAACAGACUCUUUGCUUCAUUCAAAUUCCAAAACGCUCCAUUUUUUUAAAUUUACGUUUGUCAACCAGAUGCAAAGGAAGAUGAAAUAAUACAAAAGUGUGAACUAAAUCCAGUCAACGUCAGAAUAAAAGUUCUGCUGAAUGAAUUAACCUUUAACUGGAUGUUUCAUGUUCCGCUUUUGGGUUUGUUUUUAAGUUUGGAGAUGCAGGGUCAGUUAGAGCCCCGUUUUUUGCUUUAGAUUUUCUUUUUUGGGACGUGCCUUUAAUAUUAGAUAGAUCACAGAUAAAUGGGCUUUUUCCUCCACAGAAACUUGCCAACAUGUAAACGAACUUGCAUGUCAGACUCUGGUUUUAUUUCCACCGUCCUCCACCUGCUUGUUGGUGCUUACAAAGGGACGAAGUGGGUGGUCGUAAGGCUAGCGUCUUGGUUCAAGCGAUAUGUGGUCACAUCCUGAUGCUCCAUAUGUAUGUGAUCAAGAAAGAAGUGAUGGAACUUCUCAUCUCCGUUCCCAACAGGUUGUGUUGUUAUCAAGUUCGUUUCAUUCUCCACUUGUAGUUUUGUCUUACGGCAAACUCACUGAAUCCACUGUGACGUUAUGUUUCCUGUCCACCUCCCCCGACGCCUCUACAGCAUAUGAAGUAGAGCUUUGGUCGUUGUGAAGGUUGUCUCAGUUCAGUCUUAGAGAGGUCCUCAGUGUGGGACGACGUCAGCGGUCCAAGUGGUCUCAGGUUUUUAGCUGCAUGUGGGGGUCUGCAGACGCCAUUAUGGACACGGACAGAUGAACUAUUGACCAAGAACUGGCUUAAAAUGGACAUAGGCAGUUUUGUGGGACACCGUUGAGUAAAGCGUCCGUACCAACAUCUCUACAUAUUGUAAUUCAAGAGAGGAGGCCAGAUUUCUGCACCCCUCUUUGGCUCCAUUAUCAGGCGUCGUGGGAGACUUGAGCCAAUAACUAAACCGAUCAGGUGCGACUCAGUGGUGUCAACACACUGCAGUGAGAGUUCGACGAGGUCCGAGUCCUGCUGGAUGAUCUCAGCAGCAUCUUGUAGUUCAUGAUGCUGUGUUUUGUUUCAUGUAGAGUUUGCAAGUCUGAGAUUAGAGAGAAGAAGAUCUGUGAAGUUUCUUCUUGUGUGCGUGAUGCAACCUGAUCUCAAAGUCUGUCCACAUUUAAAACUGCUGUAACGAGAGCCUAACGUAACGUAUAAGCACCAAAACCACAACCAGUAAUUAAAAAGAGAAGCACAGAGGCAACGUGAAGGGACUGGAAGAAAGAGAUCCAAACUGAUGUUUAAACUGAAAACUUUCUGACCAUCCACGCUGUUAAAUGCACUUUAGCAUGAACAGGUUCUGCUUCCUGCACACGACUCUGCUAACGGUGAGCAUUACUGUCAGCAGGCUGUGUGUGGAGCUACUGGGAGUAGUUUAUGGCUGCACCUCACAAUUAUCUGAAUGAGUCAAAAGCCUGAUUAAUGGGUGCAUAUUUAUUCCCUGCAGGUCUGAGUACGACGCUGCUCUUAUGUUCAGUUUUGGCACUAAAAGCGUCGGUGGUCGGAGAGAGAAGCCACAGAGCUGUGGAACAGUAAGUCGUGGCCGCGUUUCAGGAUUCGAUUUGAAUAUGUAUCCACGCUGCAGCUCACCAGAGUUUUAUCUUGUCAAGGUGUUUGCUGCAUGCUGGUCCUGGUGAGGACGUGCAGAAGCAGCCGGGUUUGGGUUUGUUUACACGACUAUUAUACGUUUUGUUCAUCCUAUGUUUAGAUUUUUUUAUAUAUAUAUAUAUAGUAUGACAGUAGUGUUUCUCUCUCGGUGUAUAGAGCACAAUGUUUAAUGAACUGUGUUAGGCAGGUGACAACGAAACCUGCCUCAGUCUACAUUUCAUUGAUAUUUAUGCAACACCCCACUAAUGUGAUAUUAAUGGACUAUUUUAUUAUUACAGUGACACUUAUUAUUACUCACUACUAUAGUUAAGAGCACACAGCAUAUCGUAGUGUGGACAGAAAGUCAGUCGACAUCGUUUAGGUUCUCUCCAGCGUCACAAUAAUCCAACAUGAGUCCUUUGCAAACAGGAUCUGGUUUUGUUUAAUUAUUUUAAUGGUACCGGUCUGACAAUCAGAGUUAGAAAACCCCUCAGAUAAAACAAACAAAUGUGUGAAUCUCUCAACUCUCAGAAGCUGGAACCAGAACAUAUUGGUAUUGUUCUUGAUAGGUUACGGAAACAGGUGAUGAGGAUAAACUUUAUGACGAUUCAGUUCUUGGACUGAUUGAUCCAUACGAGGAAAACAUUAGCACACGUGUAUCCACUACUGAUGAUGUUAACUAGUGCACUAUAUGCUAAACGGAUCCCCGGUCCUAGAAGGUGUAAACCCUGUAGUCCUGCAGGCACAUUGUUGUUGCAGAGCUUCACCUGUGUGGCAUCAAACAGCCGCUGGAGUUCUGAAAGUGUUGUUCAGCAGAGACAGAAUCCUAAACGGUGUGACGCUUGUGUUGUGAUGACGGCGACUUUCUUCCUGAGUUUCUAAGAUGUCUCGUCUUUAAGUCAAACACACGACCGGCCGAGGCCUCUGAGGGUGGAUGCAGGAACUUUGCUGCUCUAUUCGUCUGCGUACUUGCCUCCUUCUCUUCCUGCCAGGCCCUGGACUUCAUCCUUAUUCCUGUCUCUGAUUCAAACAAGACUCUUUGGUACUCUGACAUCUUUUUAAAUUAUACUACAUGAGAUUUCUUUCCCGAGUCGGGUUUAAAGGAGAAUUCAGGUUUAUUGAAGCUGGCGUGUUUCCCAUUAAUACGGCUGUUGUGGAGCCGUUAGCUUUGUUUUCAGUCUGACCAAAGUUAAACAGAAAUCUUCUGCUUGGAAUGAGCAUGUUGCCGAGCAUCCAGUCCAGCUGCCCUUGGUCUUACUUUCCAGUUGAUGUCGUGGAGGUGAAACAUCAUCUGCUGUAGUUCUACAGCUGGGCUUCCUCUCAGAGUCAGAGUCUGCCAUCAGCACUGUUUGCAGCUGCAGUGUUCCUCCUCGGUCAGCAGCAGAGCAGUGAGCGCCGGAAAACCACCGGUUUCCUGGCUUCAGGGAGCUCCUGCUAGCCGCUCGGCUACACACCGCUCACAAGCUGCCGGCAGAGGGUUCUCGGAGGAAGCGUUUGGAUUGUUUAUGUGAGAUAAGAUGUGUAACGUUGUGUGUUUUGCACCUUGAGUCUGUAUGUGUGUGUGUGGCGUUCUAGCUGAAGUCCUUUGUACCUGUUUGCUUGCAAAAAUCAUUUUAAAAUCACAAAGACAGGCGUUAGAGUCAGUUCGGAGCGAACCGUCUGUCCGCAGAAUCACAUCCUAUCUACAGAAGCACAUCAUUUAAAGAUGAUCUAGAAAUUCUUUACAGCACAGCAGAUAAAAGCUGAGUCGUCCAUAAAUAGUCAGAUAUUAUUCAGCUGCUUCGUUGUGCUCAGCAGAGAGCGACACCGAUGUUGAGUUUUUAUUAUUUUACGUAGCAUCAGGUGAAUAAAACAGUCACUACGUCGGUGGAUCCGUCUGCUCAUGUCCACCUGACCUGAUGUUACACUUAACCUUCUGAACUCUGAGCAGUUUCUGGGUGUUUUGUUUUCUUUUUUUCACUAUAAUAUAAAGUCCUGUAUGGAAACAGCACAACAACAGCUAGAUGUAGAGACUUCAGUUCUGUACAUUACACAUGGUUCGAUCCAGGAUCCUCACAAAGACGAUUCCUUCUCUUUUCACAGUUCCUGGAUCUAGUAAAUGGCAUCAUUUUUGCAGUUUCUUUUACACAUACGAUGACUUUCAAACCAAUCUGUGGGUUUUGGGGUUCGAUAGUUAAUGUGAUGCAGAAGUGUUUGUUGGUGGUGUAAAGAUGGUGACUAAUAGAUGUCUAUUAUCUAUGUGAGUAUGUUUUUUUUUGGUUGUUAUCAUUUAAAGCUGCAAUAAUUUCUUUGAAUUUGUGAGCCAGAAAAUCAAAACAAUGAAUUUAAAUCAGCUAAAAGCUUGUAUGAACCUGAGAGGACUGCAGUGAUGCUUCUCUGCAGCUUCUGGUGACGUCGUUACUCGUCAUCAUUGGAUCCACUGGUGAUGUAAAAGUCUUGAUUAGUGCAGCUUUAAAUAAAAACAGGACAAACAGCCCCAACCUGUUUAUGUUCCAACGAUAAGUACAUUCAUGUCUGACCUACUACUGUCAAGUUUGGGAAUCAAUACCAAGCAGCACAAGCUCUGAGAGCCGACAAACACCAAAUCCUGAAGGAGCUAUCAGCCGACCGAAACCAAAUGAUUUGGGGGAAGGGAGAACUUGCACAGUUCCGAGCAUUUUGAGUCUGACAACUCCAAACUGUCAUGUCUUCGAUGAGAUCAUUUCAAAUGUCAAGAGACAAUCCUUAAGACGUAUGUUUUAUUUGUUGGAGUCUUCCUUUGGUUUUGUUUGAACCAGUUUGGUUGAGACGCAGUUUGAUGAAUGUUGAGUUCGACACCAGAUCGUGUUCCAGAGAGCGGCGGGAUGUUUGAAGAAGUGGGAGGACUGAUGAAGUGUGUUAUGUUCUGACCCAGCGGUCCUGCUCGUGGAACGUCCUGCAGGUCAAACCGGACUGAAAGCAAAUGAUUGUUACUUUUAUUUUUAAAAAGGAAGCACAAUGUGAGAAGGUCGCUGUAUGCAAGAAACACGCAACACGUAUGAAGCUGUGUGAGUUGAUCCGUGCUUUACAGCCUUCAGCUGAGAGUGAGUCACUCGUGCUGUUGUGUUUGAGUAUCUCCUAAUAAAAAUGAUGCUUGACUUGAAA